UGUAAAGAAACCAAGAAGGGUUUUUAUCUCUAUCAUCAAUAUUCAAGGAAGGAGGUUACUCAAUACAACCUGAUUCCUAAUUUUAUCAAUAAAAAAUUCAUCAAAUUUUGUUGAAUGGAACCUAUUCAUAUAAAAGAAUUAUUUAUGAUAUACCUCCAAAGCUUAAACGAGAGCAGCAACAAUUUUUGGGUAGCUUAAAUCUCGUAUUAAAGAUAUUUUUAAGAGAUUCAACAAUUAGUUCAAUCAUCUGUUCAGAAAAAGGCCGUCUUGCUCUGGUACUUAACAUAAUGUAAUCAUUUUAAUAAAAUCUACAAGGGAUCGAUGAAAUCAUAUUAAUGAAGCUAUAUCUAACAUAUUAGAUCUAAAUAUUCUAUAUUUGGAUGGAAACUACAAAAAUGCAAAAGAAAUUUCACUAUUUCUUAAGUUAGCCCUAAUUUUAAUUAAGUAAAAUUUGA